GGACAGGUAGGGGAAAACGGUGCGAAUCCUCCGUAUAUAAAGGCUUGGGGGUUCGCGCCAAAGACACAAAGGUUCCCGCCAAAGGUGCCCGUAUUCUAAUAACCCCGCCUCCUUCUGAGCUUGAGAUGUCUUCUGGGCCAUAUACGAAAGUGCAAUUGCGUCUGUCCUGCAGGCGCCUUUUAAACAAGGAUGUAUUAUCAAAGAGUGACCCGCAAGUCGUCCUCUUUACGGCGAACCCGAUACGAGGAGGUGGCUGGACCGAAUACGGGUGCACGGAGAUGUUGAGGGACACCUUGAACCCGGACUUUGCCAAGGCUAUUGAGUUGGACUACUAUUUCGAGGAGGAGCAAAAGCUGAGAUUUGUUGUAAUCGAUAUCGAUAAACCGAACGGGAGGAUACAAGACCAGGAUUUGCUCGGAACCUACGAAACAACAUUAGCGAACAUACUAUCGGCCAGCGGUCAACAUAUUCAAAAGCCGCUCGUACACCCGACCAACCCCAACGGAAAAGCGGGAUACCUCAGGGUCGCUGCGGAAGAAGUCACAGACUCGAAAAGUGUCAUCAAAAUGACCUUUCAUGGGCAGAAGCUGGAUAAGAAGGACUUCUUUGGAAAAUCUGAUCCAUUCUUUCAAAUCUCGAAAGCACAAGAAUCCGGGCCGCCGGUCGUAGUCUUCCGCAGUGAACAUAUCCGGAAUACAUUGGACCCGACAUGGAAGCCGGUAGUGGUCACAAUAGCCGAUCUUUGCAACGGCGAUCUGAAUCGGGAGCUGCAGUUCGAUGUGUUGGACUGGAACAAAAAUGGAUCUCACACUCUUAUCGGAGGUUUCCGAGCCAGAACAACUGAUCUGCUCGCCGCACGAGGGAAGGACUAUCUACUCGUCAAUCCCAAGAAACAGGCCAGAAAGAAGAGCUACGUGCACUCCGGCAUCCUACACGUGCUGCAAUUUACCAUGGAGGAACAACCAAGCUUAUUGGAUUACCUCGCUGGCGGAACUCAAUUGAACCUUUGCGUCGCUGUGGAUUUCACAGCAAGCAAUGGAGAUCCCAGGAACCCUUCGUCGCUGCAUUUCGUGAAUCCCAACGCUUUCAACCACUACCAAGAGGCUAUCGUCUCCGUCGGAACGAUAUUGGAACCUUACGACACCGACAAGAGAUUUCCAAUCUACGGCUUUGGAGCAAAGUUGUAUGACGGCAACGUUUCGCAUUGCUGGCCGUUGAAUGGAAACUAUGGACAGCCCGAGGUCGUUGGCGUCAGCGGAUUGCUGGAAGCAUAUGGGAGUGCGCUGCAAAACGUGACAUUGUGGGGACCUACGAACUUCAGCCCGAUCAUCAACCAGGUAGCGACACAAGUUCGUGAACUCGAAACCGAAGUCGGGCCGGGGCUGAACUACACGAUCCUCCUGAUGAUCACAGACGGAGCAAUAACAGACAUGGAAAACACGAUACGCGCCAUCGUCGACGCCGCCAGCUUACCCCUCAGCAUCAUCAUCGUGGGCGUCGGCAACGCGGACUUUACCAACAUGAACAUCCUGGAUGCCGACGACGUGCCACUAAGAACACCCGAGGGACGAACGUGCGAGCGCGAUAUCGUGCAGUUUGUGCCGUAUCGGACUACGGCGGGGAAUACUGCGAAAUUGGCGAAGGAGGUUUUGGCCGAAGUACCACACCAGUUUACCGGCUUCAUGCGGCAACACGCCGUGAAACCCCGGCUUCGCCGACAACAUACUUGGAUGUCUGUCGACUCUAGUUUCAGCAGGGCACCGACCACGUAUGGCCACGCAUAGUGAGCACGUUCACGCAUCCCGUUUUAUAAUACCCUCAAGCAAGUUAAUGAAGAGCGAGAUUGAAUAAUAUGGCGGGAAAGAUGAAGGGAAAGAGCGCUGUAGGAGGUAUGCAAAAUACGAUUCAGCGGGCAGCGGAGGAGGCUUAUGGCCUUUUCUCCCGCUUUGGGUGGAGAGACUAGGGAAACCCACGCAGGAGAUGGUUUUUGAAGGGUUGCAGGCGUAGAUCUUUUUUUGGCCUAUUUUUUUAUGUAGUCUGUAGUCCGUAAAUACGUAGUUAAGCUUAUAGGCCGCGUUACAUGAAUAUAGGGAGU